AUGGAGAUUGAGGACACAGCAACAAAGCGUGCCCGUGAAAGAGGCGGCAGCGGACGCUCAGCUAGCGACGCAGACCAGCUGAGUGCUCUGCCGGACAGCCUGCUCCACACCAUCAUAUCAUUCCUGAAGGCACGGCAGGCAGUGCAGACCUGCGUGCUGGCCACGCGCUGGCGGCACCUCUGGCGCUCCAUGCCGUGCCUCGACGUCGACCAUGACGAGUUCUGCAGGACUGGGGCGGCUUCUUCCAAAGACCGUGCCAACCAGGAGUGGGAGGAUUUCGAGGAUUUCACCAGUAACCUGAUGCAUCGCUGCAACGUGGCUCUGCUGGAGUCCUUGAGCCUGCGUGUUACUCACAGCAGGGCACCUGGUUUUCGUCCCAAAAACAAGCAGCACGCUGACGGACUGAGCUCCAGUUCAUGGCGCCUCGAGAGGCUGCAUCUCUGCAAUGUGGCUCUGGAUGCUCCUUUCGGGAACCAUGUCCGUUCGGCGUGCAGAUCAUUGGAGGAUUUGGAGCUGGAGGACUGCACGUGUGCGUUUCAAGCAAUCACCUCUGGCUCACUGAAGAGCUUGGUUCUGAAGAACUGCUGGUGGAACUAUCUCACUGAGAUCACAUCACCCACACUGAAGCGCUUAGUUGUCGCUGGUGGCUCGAAUAAUGCUCCCUGUGUUGUCGUGGCCCCCGCGAUUGCUCAUCUGUGCCUCGAUGUGCCUCUUUACUUUGCUAGAAGUAUUUCAGUGAAUCGGAUGCCAUCACUGCCAAGGCUUUGA